AUCCACUUAGCUCUAUUCAGUACGUCUAACGCGGUGAAGGACGGUGAACGACGUUCGAAGACGGUUUUCGUACUUCACCGCAGUGGGCCGUGAGGGACCGAGUUGAACCGUACUAAACGCAUAGCAAACGUAGUACUCGUCCGACACGCCGUAACGGCGCAUGCUUCCACGCGAAUUCGCGGAUUCUCUCUGCUGGAGUCAAGCAGCUGGUACUUUCUGCUGUGCGCAUUUUAGAUGUCGCCGGUUAUCGCCGGUGAUCGCAAUCGCGGAUAAUCUCGAAAUUAUGUCGGAGUGUACCGGAUUCGGCGGAUAAGUCUUGGUAGCAUUGAGAAGACGACAAUUCCCAGGUGACAUGCAGAUACGACAAACUCUACGUGACAUCGGAGACACGAAAAUCUGUUCGAGUCUUCAGCGGCUCACUGGCCAUCUUCUUUUCCCGUUCCGUUGGCUUUGUUAUGCCCUAUUUACUACACCCAUUGCACUUCACGCCUCCACUGGAAGCCUACUAGGCUUAGUAAGGCAGUCACUCCUCAGCCGAUGUAUUCACGGCUAGUAAUCCGAUUACUCGACGCUACUAGAGAUAGAUCCGAGGCAGUGGCUGUAACGCGGUGGCAAAGGCUUCAGCGGACAUAUUGAACAAGUAGUAACGCCUGCGGACUCUGCAGGGCUGCGGAACGCCUGUGGACUGUAACGCAUGUGGAACGCGUGUGGACUGUAACGGCUGCGAUCAACUCAAAAGUCACCAAGGCAGGCACUCGGCUCCUCCCAGCGGCGAGUGCGUGCGAAGCGUCGCGAAUGAUGGCAUUUAAGCUUCGCGAACAGCAGGAUCGUUCGCCGCGGUGUUCGCGAAGAAGUUACCACCACCUCCAGGCGUCGUGGUCAGUGUGGCGACUCCUGUCGCUGCUAUUGCUAUUCCUCGGCUUCUUUGGCCUUACCCACAAUGUUCUUGUGGAGAAUGAGCAAGGCAAGGUAUUGGCGCAAUGUGCAAAGGAAAUGGGCGCUUCUGGUAACAAGUGGGGGGCUAACGCUACGUGCAAUGUGAUGAGCAUCGGGCUUGUGUGUAACAAAGACGGAACAGUCAAUACCAUUUCUUUGCCCAGCUCUAACCUGCAUGGAAGCAUCUGCUCCGCUAUAGGCAACCUCACUACUCUCGUUACAAUCGAUCUGAGCUCCAACUCUCUUAAAGGGCCCAUCCCCGCCAGCAUUGGCCAGCUCUCCCUACUGCAGACACUGCAUGUGGGUGCAAACUCUUUGAGCGGGGAAAUUCUCCCAAAGCUGGCAUCUCUCACCAGAUUGAAGUUUCUUGACAUAGCAGAAAACAGGUUCAGCGGAAACAUCCCCGCAGAAUUUGGAGCUUUGACCAACCUUCAGCACGUGUACGCAAAUUCUGGGCAACCCUCCCACGUCCACACAUAAUCUCGCUGGCAAUGGCUUUCAAGGUCGCAUCCCCGCCUUCUUUGCGAACCUCACCAAUCUCAAGAUGUUGUCAUUUCAGAAUAACCAGUUUUCAGGGGAGAUUCCUUCUGGAUUGGGAACUCUCAUUAAUCUCACUGACCUGAGCUUCGCCCAAAACAAGCUUUCAGGCACUGUUCCUCCAACCCUUGGAAACCUCACCCGCCUCAAAACCCUCAAACAUAUAUGUGAGCUCGCCACAUUCGUGAAACCCGGCCGGCGCCGCCGCCUCAAAACAGGAGCUUCGCCAAGAACACUCUUUCAGGCACAUUUCCUCCGACCCUUGGGAGCCUCACCCGCCUCACUACCCUUGGGGUGAGGGAUAGUGGAGCGAAUUGCUCCGUAGAAUCCGGGCAGUCGUGUGUGGUGAAGCAGACCUCCUCAUCACUGUUCUGCUACUGGUGCUCUGACUUCUGCUCCUACUGCGUCCCCAUCUCAAAUCCUCUCCCCAUGGCACCCCCUCCAUCAUCACCUCCGUCCUCCGGUCUCUCUCUGGGAGCUAUCAUUGGGAUUGUGGUGGGAGGCAUCCUCGUUAUUGGCCUCCUCGCCAUCGGCAUGCUGCUUCUCUACAAACGGAGGUCUACCAAAGCGCCUGAGAAAUCGAAUCCGCAGGCAGGUGACGGAUCGUUCAAGGAAGAGUCGUCAAUGCCCAGCCAUGCGCACAUGUGCCAGCGCUACUCCUUCGCCGAGGUUUCAAAGGCAACGGACAACUGGGCGGAGGCGAACCACAUUGGGACGGGUGGCUAUGGCGAGGUUUAUCGGGGGGUGUCUCCUAGUGACCCCUCUGUGGUUUGGGGCGUGAAACGAGCCAAGAUACUCACCAACGACUUCAGGCGAGAGGUGGAGGAGAUGGCAUCGAAGAGCCAUCCGAACUUGGUGCGUCUACUGGGGUACUGUGUACACAUCGACAUGGCAACAGAGCACCACGAGCAGAUCGUCAUCUAUGAGUUCUGCUCCAAUGGGGACCUUGAGAAGUACCUCAGUGGAGGCCCCAAAAAAGGCUCCUUGUCACUAGAGCAGCGCAUGGAGGUGGUGGUGGGUGUGGCGCGGGGAUUGGAGUACCUGCACCAGUUUGACAUCGUGCAUCGAGACAUCAAGCCCGCCAACGUGCUGCUCGAUGCUAACAUGCAGGCAAAGGUGUCGGACUUUGGGCUGGUGCGCAUGACGGAGGGCACCACGGUGAAUCCCACCAGAGUGGUCGGCACCCCGGGCUAUGUGGACCCCGCUUACUCCCGCACCAACAAGGCCACCCCCAUGGCUGACGUGCACAGCUUUGGCGUGAUGAUGCUCGAAAUCAUGCUGACCAAGCCUGUCGUGAUGCACGUGAAUGGCGGAACCAACAUUAGAGACUGGGUUGCCGAGCGGGUACAACUGGGAGAGGUAGACGCCCUCAAAGACCCUCACCUUGACACGGUGCCCAGCGAGCUUCUUCUCAAGCUGGUCGAGCUUGCACUGCAAUGCACAUCAUUGCCUGCUUCGUCUCGCCCACACAUGACUGAAGUUGUCGCGCAAUUGGUUGCCAUGAAAAGGGAAUUUGUGAAAGAUGGUGGCUCGGCAAAGAAGUCGCGGAUGCAAAAGAUCGACGAUGAGGUCGCCAUGCGAAAGACAGGGAGCAAUAUGGAAGAGGAGCUCGAGCUGCUGGAUGAAAUGCUUGGUUAAGUACCGCAGAUUUCGGCACUGAGUUCUUUUCCCCAGACGAGCACAGUGCUGAAUGUAAUUUAUUGUAACUGCUCAACAAUGUCAUUAACAACUUCAAAACUAAUGUCAUCUUAAAUUU